UUGUCUUUUGUACCCAAGAGAAGAAAUAAUAUGGGGGAAAAUCAAUUGUCCACACACGAGGCUGCAUCUGCAAGGCAGAAGAAAGUGGACGAUUGGUUGCCAAUAACGUCUUCCAGAAACGCUAAAUGGUGGUAUUCCGCGUUUCACAAUGUAACAGCCAUGGUCGGUGCUGGUGUACUCAGCUUGCCCUAUGCCAUGUCCAACCUAGGAUGGGGACCUGGAGUGACAGUCAUGAUUAUGUCAUGGCUGAUAACGUUUUACACCAUAUGGCAAAUGGUGGAGAUGCACGAGAUGGUUCCAGGGAAGAGGUUCGACAGGUACCACGAGCUGGGACAGCAUGCAUUUGGAGAGAAGCUUGGACUAUGGAUUGUGGUGCCACAACAGCUAAUUGUUGAAGUAGGUGUGAACAUUGUGUACAUGGUGACGGGAGGAAAGUCAUUGAAAAAAAUCCAUGACCUUCUUUGUACUGAUUGCAAAGAGAUAAGAACUAGCUUUUGGAUUAUGAUCUUUGCUUCCGUGCACUUUGUUCUCUCUCACCUUCCUAAUUUUAACUCCAUAUCUGGUGUCUCCCUCGCUGCAGCCGUUAUGUCCUUAAGCUACUCGACAAUUGCUUGGGGAGCCUCGGUGAAGAAAGGGGUACAACCAGAUGUAGACUACACGUUUAGAGCUACGACAAGUUCAGGAAAAGUGUUCAACUUCAUGAACGCACUAGGAGAUGUCGCAUUUGCAUAUGCUGGUCAUAAUGUUGUGUUGGAGAUUCAAGCUACUAUUCCUUCAACUCCCGAGAAACCAUCUAAGAUCCCAAUGUGGAGAGGAGUGGUUGUUGCCUACAUCGUGGUUGCCAUCUGCUAUUUUCCUGUUGCAUUUGUUUGCUACUAUAUUUUUGGAAAUAAUGUGGACGACAAUAUUCUUAUGUCACUGGAGAAACCAACUUGGCUUAUCGUCAUGGCUAACUCAUUCGUGGUUAUUCAUGUUAUUGGAAGCUAUCAGAUAUUCGCAAUGCCGGUUUUUGAUAUGCUUGAAACCUUUUUGGUAAAACAAAUGAUGUUUGAUCCUUCCUUCAAACUCCGUUUCAUCACUCGAACUUCAUAUGUUGCUUUAACCAUGUUCGUUGGCAUAUGCAUUCCAUUUUUUGGAGGAUUACUCGGCUUUUUUGGAGGAUUUGCCUUUGCCCCAACAACUUACUACCUGCCAUGCAUAAUGUGGUUGAUUCUCAAGAAACCAAAGAAGUAUGGAUUGUCUUGGUCUCUUAACUGGUUCUGCAUAGUGGUCGGCGUAAUAUUAACGAUCGUAGCUCCCAUUGGUGGCCUCAGAACCAUUAUCAUGUCUGCCAGUGACUACAAGUUCUUCUCUUGAACAAAUUAUAUGCAGUCAUGCGUUUAUUUUUGGAAUACCGUCUAUUUAGGACUUCCAAAUGUAAUGAUAUUAUAUAUUUAAAUUAAAAACAUGAUUUAAGGCUGCCUCUAAACUUUCUCUUCUUUUGUUGAUGUAUAUGUAUCUUCUAUUUAUAAAUUAUAUAAAUAAUAUUAAACAAAGGUCUAAAUAUGAAACCAUCGAUGUAUACAUCAUGUUGUCUGGGAUAAAUAUAUCGCCUCUUUUACAUGUAUGAUAUAUAGAUUGUUCGUAAAAACGACAUCUAAUUGCACCAUAUAUCUGAUGUUUCAGGUGCUUUUUCUCAUUUGUUUUUUCAAACUUUUAACACGUAGAGAGUUUUACAAUUUAUCCCCAACGAGUUCAAUAUACAAACUAUUUUAAAAAGGAAGUAAGAUAUUAAAAAAGUUUAAAUAUCAUUCAUUUAUUUAUAAAAUAGGUGCUUCUUCCAUACUCAUGUAGAAAUAUUAACAUUUACAAAAUAUAUAAUUUAUAAUAUUGAUUAUUAUUUUAUUCUUAAAGUUUUUUAAUCGUUUAUAAUUUAUAUGUAUGCAAAACAAAUAGGAGAUUUUUUUUUAAAACAUCUGAUUUUACUAAUAAACAAUUUGAUCGAUACAGUUAUUUUUUGAGUAUAUAAGAUUGUCAUUAUUCAUCUCAGUUGAAACAUAAAUGUUUCAUGAUUCUAAAUAGGCUAAAAUAACAUUAGCUUUGUUAUUUGCAUUUAAUUUGGUUUAUUGUCUUGGAUUCAUAAUAUAUAUUUGUAAAAUUAUUUUAAAUUUUGAUAGAUGUUGUUUAGGUAAACAAAUGGGAAAGGGUUGUCAGUUCGGAGUUGUAUAAGUGAACACAAUAAGUAAUUUUUUAAAUUUUAUGCAUGUAUAUAAAUAUUUAUAAUCAAACUAAAUCAUGAUAAUUUUUAACAUAUAAUUUUCACAUGUUCAUUAGUUUUAAGUUAGAAUCACAAUCAGUUCACUUACUUAUACUGUAUGGGCAUAUUGAGUUAUAUAUUUGUUUAAAAUGAACCACAGCUACUUUUGGAUUUUAUUUAAGUUAAAAACUGAUUAGUUUUUGUUGCAUUUAUUUUAGUUUUAAGUUUUAGAUUUGAAAAUAUAUUUUUAUUUUUUAAAGAAAAUACCUAUAUUAUUUUUUGUGAAAAUAAAUUUAAAUUUUAAAAUCUAUAUAUUUUAUUUAUGUUUUUCUAAUAAUAUGAAGAAAAAAAAUUAUAUAUGUUAUAUAUAUAUAAACUUUACAUAUUUAUAGAUGUUUCCUUUUAGUUAUUUAUGUGGGUUUUGUAAGAGAGUAAAAGAAAAACAAAAUUAAAAUUAAAAAUCUAAUUAAAAUUAUAUCAAGCAAAAAUAAAAUAAAAAUAAUUUUGUAAAUGUAAUUAUGUAUAAUUCAUUAUAAUAAUUUUGUAAUUGACUAUUAUAAAAAAUUAACGUGAGAGCUAUCUCAUAGUUUGUUUUGUUAGCAAGAUAUCUUUUGAAUGUAAUUAAAAAAAAUUUGUUGACUUUUUCAACGACAUAUGUAAUAUAAGAUUUGAAUCCGAAACAAUGCGUACACAACGUCCUAUAUACAUUGAACUCCUAAUACAGAUGUGUAGUGAAUACAGAAGAUAGAACAGUUGAAUGAUGAUGAAAACAAAGUUAUGCUUAGGGCUUAGAUUUCGGCUAUUUGGGUCGGUUAUGGAUAGAACAUGUUUGGUUUUGGAUAGGGCAUAGAAAAUUAUAUAUAUAGGAUCCGGUAAUGUUUCGGUUUGGAUCUGGGUUAGUUCCGACCGGGUAAAUACGGAAAUUAUAUAUUUAUUUUUAUUAUCAUUUUAAUUUUUGAACAAAUAUUGUAUAUUUGUUAUUAAGUGAAAGGUAUAGCAAGUAAGUUACGUGGUAAUGAAACUAUAACUUUUCCCUUCCAACCAGGAUUUGAGACUCAGAAUGUGCAAAUCCUUGUUUGUGGAUUUCGGUUUAAACGAGCAUCUGACCAGCUCCGGGUAAAAUUGGAACCAAACCGAUAACCAUAACAUUAUUUGUCAGGUAAAUAUAUUAUAUCUGAACCGAACUGGUCAAUUUCAGGUGACAAUAAAUAGUUAUUUCCUGGUCAUCACAACGUUCCACUCGUAGAAAACAAGAUUUAGCAUGGACAUAUGUCACUCAUAGUUUAGAUUUAAAGGGGAAAAGAAUUCUUACUUAUGACUUUUGUCGUAAGGUUAAUCAUGGAGGUGCAGCGAAUCAAUAGAAUGAAAUAAAACAUCGUAAAAUUAAGUUUAAACUAAUCAAACCCGAUCGAACGGUCGAAUCACAAUGAU